AUGACUGCGAUUGAUCUAAUCAACAUUUCUCCUUCAGCACCUUUGAAUGGUGAUGUCCUGAACAAAGCUUUUGUUCAUAUUCCUAAAGACGAGAAAUCCAAGCUCGACGCGAAGUCAAAAGAAUGUAUCUUCGUGGGAUAUGGGAAUGAAGAAUUCGGUUAUAGGUUAUGGGAUCCUGUAGCUAGAAAGAUUAUUAGAAGUAGAUAUGUUGUCUUCUUUGAAGAUCAGAACAUUGAAGACAUUCGAAGAUGUGAUAAACCUGAUAAUCCUAGAAAAUAUCCAGCUAACUUGGAUCCAGUUCCUCCUCCAUUAUAG